AUGGCCUUCUCUUUGGCCUCUCCAUCUUCCCCAGCUCUAAACAGCUUCCAGACUUCCUCAUCUUCUCCAUUUUCUUCUUCUAAUAGACAAAUUUCUAACUUGUGGACCUGUAUAUGGAAAAGAAACCCAAUAUCAAGAAGAAGGAUCGUUUCUGUCAAAGCUUCAAAUGACGAUGAUGAUGGUGAUGAUGGCAAGCCUGCAUUCAACCCUUUUGGAUUUGUCACUGAUAACCCUUCCAGCAGAAGUGCUAUCCAACUCCCUGAAGUCCCUGCCGAAGAUGGCAACGUUGGCCAAAUGCUAUAUAGAAUAGAAGACAAGGGAAGGGAAUAUGGUUCAAUUGUUAAAUCAGGAGGUCUGAGAUGGUUCGUCAGGGAAACAGGUUCACGUGAUAGCAGACGUGGAACCAUUGUAUUUCUUCACGGUGCUCCAACACAAUCUUAUAGUUACCGUGUCGUCAUGGCUCAGAUGGCUGAUUCUGGUUUUCACUGCUUGGCACCAGACUGGAUUGGAUUUGGUUUUAGUGACAAGCCACAGCCUGGAUAUGGAUUUAAUUAUACUGAAAAAGAGUUUCAUGAUGGAUUCGAUAAGUUAUUAGAUGUCCUUGCCGUCACAGCACCAUUUUUCCUUGUUGUUCAGGGAUUCCUUGUAGGUUCUUAUGGGUUAUCUUGGGCUUUAAAGAACCCUGGUAGAAUAUCGAAACUUGCAAUUCUGAAUACCCCUUUGACAGUUUCAUCUCCCAUUCCUGGACUCUUUCAACAGCUCAGGAUUCCAUUAUUGGGCGAGUUCACAUGCCAGAAUGCUGUAAUGGCUGAAAGAUUUAUUGAAGCAGGUAGCGCAUAUGUUUUGAAGCUGGAGAAGGCUGAUGUGUACAGAUUACCAUAUUUAUCAAGCAGUGGACCUGGUUUUGCCUUGCUUGAAACUGCUAAGAAAGUGAACUUCAACAAGUUGUUAGGCGAAAUAUCCACUGGGUUCGCUUCAGGAAGCUGGGAUAAACCAAUCUUAGUUGUCUGGGGACUAUCAGACAAGUAUCUUCCUAAGUCGGUGGCAGAAGAAUUUAAGAAGAAGAACCCUGACGUUGUUGAGCUAAAGUUGAUUGAAGGAGCAGGUCAUAUGCCGCAAGAGGACUGGCCGGAGAAAGUUGUCGACGCUUUGAGAUAUUUCCUUUGA